AUGGCUGUUCCCGGCACCCAGAUUUCCAAGCGCAGAAAGUUCGUCGCUGAUGGCGUUUUCUACGCCGAGCUGAACGAGUUCUUCCAGCGCGAGCUUGCUGAGGAGGGCUACUCCGGCGUUGAGGUCCGCGUUACCCCGACCGUCACCGACAUCAUCAUCCGCGCCACCCACACCCAGGAGGUUCUCGGCGAGCAGGGUCGCCGCAUCCGUGAGCUCACAUCGCUCAUCCAGAAGCGCUUCAAGUUCCCUGAGAACUCUGUCUCUCUCUACGCCGCCAAGGUCCAGAACCGUGGUCUCUCCGCUGUCGCUCAGUGCGAGUCCCUCCGCUACAAGCUCCUCAACGGUCUUGCCGUCCGUCGUGCCUGCUAUGGUGUCCUCCGCUUCAUCAUGGAGUCCGGCGCCAAGGGCUGCGAGGUCGUCGUUUCCGGCAAGCUCCGCGCUGCUCGCGCCAAGUCCAUGAAGUUCACCGAUGGCUUCAUGAUCCACUCCGGCCAGCCCGCUAAGGACUUCAUCGACUCCGCCACCCGCCACGUUCUCCUCCGCCAGGGUGUCCUCGGUAUCAAGGUCAAGAUCAUGCGCGGUUCUGACCCCGAGGGCAAGUCCGGCCCCCAGAAGACUCUCCCUGACGCCGUCACCAUCAUCGAGCCCAAGGAGGAGCAGCCCGUUACCCAGCCCAUCAGCCAGGACUACGGUGCCAAGGCCGCUCAGGUCCAGGCUGCCGCUGAGGCUGCCCGCCAGGAGGAGCAGGCCGGUGAGGAGGAGGCCGCUGCCCCCGCCGCUGAGGAGUAG